UCCUUUUUUAAUUUCAAUGGCUUCGAUUUCUAAGACACUGAAUCUGGAUAUGGACAUUUCUGUGCCCAAAACCAUCUCAGAUGUUCUGACUCAGGUCUCAAGGAUACGUGAUUCCUCUAUGAAAUCCUCAGAGUUCGAUUUCUACAUCCAUUUAUUGGAAGAAGAAUUGAGAAAGGUUGAUGCUUUCAAACGGGAGCUCCCUUACUGCAUGCAACUCUUGCAAGAUGCGAUCGAGACAUUGAGGAAGGAGCGUGAGCGGUUGAGAGAAAGAGAUGAAGGAGCGGUGGUAGUGACGGACGAAUUGAUACCGGUAGAAGAAAGUGGUGAUGGAGGAGGGGUAGAACCGUCAGAUCACAACCUCAGCGACAAGAAAACAUGGAUGAGCCGUGUUCGUCUCUGGAAUGCUCCUGUCCAAUUUCACAACGGAAAUCAAACUUUUUCCUUACAAUCAAGGGGAGGUGCAGUUGUGGCAUUGAAGAGAGGAUUGGGGAAGGAAGGUAAAAGGGUUGAAGAAGUAUCUGUGGCGGUUCCUGUGGAAGCCAUUGAUCUGAGCGAUCUUCCAAAUCAGAAGAAGCAGCGGCGCUGCUGGUCUCCUCACUUGCACAACCUAUUCAUCGAUGCCCUCCUCCGCCUUGGAGGCCCCUAUGUUGCCACACCGAAGCAGAUAAGGGAGCAAAUGAAAGUUGACGGCCUCACCAACGAUGAAGUGAAGAGCCAUUUGCAGAAAUAUAGGCUCCACAUCAAAAAAUUCUCAGUUGGAAUCACUGAUGCAUCGACAACGGUUGCACAUUCUGGCUCACUUGCCCGUGGCAGCGGAGAUGAAGAUGAUGCUCAUAAAUCCUAA